GUCAAUUUUCCGAGUCUGUGUAUUUCCGCAUCCUUUAAGGCUUAUACAGGCUCGCAUCGGUAUAAUCACUUUCAGAAAUCCAGACUCUAUAAUAUUUCAGAAUGCCUCGUUCAAAGCGUGCCAGAAUCGUCCACGAGUCGAAGGUCACCAAGAAGUCCCACAAGGAACAGACCAGACGACUUUAUGCCAAUGUCCGCGAAUGUGUCGAGAAUUAUGAUCACCUAUUCGUUUUCUCCGUCGAUAACAUGCGCAACACCUAUUUGAAGGAUGUGCGCACCGAAUUUGCCGAUAGUCGUCUCUUCUUUGGCAAAACUAAAGUCAUGGCCGUUGCCCUUGGCCACAACCCAGAGACCGAGGCCGCACCCAACCUGCACAAACUCUCUCCCUACCUGACAGGUGCCGUCGGUCUUCUCUUCACCUCGCGCGAUCCCGAGUCCGUCCUCAGCUACUUCGACGCCUUCCGCCCCUCGACUUCGCCCGUGCCGGCACACAUCCCCAAUGGCCUGGUCUACUCCCGUGCUGGUGAGAUUCCUGCGUCCGAAGACGAACCCGUCAGCCACACGAUUGAGCCGGAGCUGCGCAAACUGGGCGUCCCUACUCGUCUAGUGAAGGGCAAGGUCAUGCUCGAGCUGACUGAUGGUCAAGAGGGCUACCCUAUCUGCAAAGAGGGAGAAGUUCUGGACUCGCGGCAGACAACGUUGUUGAAGAUGUUCGGUGUCGCUACUGCCGAAUUCAAGGUCGAUCUAAAGGCGCAAUGGACUCGGAGUACCGGUGAAGUUACGAUCCUCGAGAAGGAUGAGGGCAUGGAGGUUGACGGACAGUAAUUUCAUGUCCAAGACCGUUCCUUUUCUUCUUUUACCCCCAAAAUUUUCUGGGCAUUGAUUGGAGUUGGGCAUAGGCGUUCUUUCGUUGUUUCUCUUUUUAUAUUCCUCGAAGAUCAUGAAUUCAUCCUAGAUGUUGCUGGAUGAGCGUACGAUGGACAUAGAAUACCACGCGGAAAAGCAAUUAUGCAGGACAUCUUCCAUUCAGAGCAGAAAGCUACAUGGUGACAAGCAUAGA